AAAAUCACACCCUAAACGCUACACUUUAUGUUCCCACCAGAUAGACUCUGAAGAAAUGGCGUGUACGAGCAUGGCGUCAAUUUCUUUAAAUUUCCAGCAUUUUCGAAAUCAUAGGGUCUCUUUCAGUAGCUGUUGCUGGUUCAACAGAAAAAUCAAGUUACAUAAAAAUCAACAACUUCUUAGUCGCAAAGUUGUUAGGUACAGGAGGAAGCCAAUAUCUGCACUUGCCUCGGGUUUGGAGGCAUCUAUUUCAGAUGCAGAUGACAAAUUGAUAGCCUUGAAAGAUGCUAAGAUCGUUGUUGAAUCUAAAGACGAAAACAAGAUCCAGCUUCGAGUGGAUGUUACUGGAAUUGAGACACAAAAGGUAUUUAACAAGGUUUUGACGGAUUUGGCUCGUCAAGCGCCACCAAUUCCUGGUUUUCGAAGAGAGAAAGGAGGUAAAACAACAAAGGUUCCAAGGGAAUUCCUAUUACAAAUUCUUGGUGAAGAGCGUGUUACCAAGUUUGUUGUACAAGAAAUAGUUACCUCCACUGUAGCUGAUUAUGUAAAAGAGGAAAAUUUGAAUAUCAAAGACAAGAAAGUUAGCACAAGCCAAUCAGCAGAAGAGCUCAAAGUUUCAUUUACUCCUGGAAAGGAUUUUUGGUUUAAUGCAGUGCUGGAGUUAGAAGAAUCUGAAAAUUCAUAGCUUAAAAACUCAUCUCAUUAUUAUUAUUAUUAUUAUUAUUAUUAUUAUUAUUAGGGGAAAGGGAAUUCAACCCUGCUUCAAAUAUCAUCAUGUCCAUGUAAGUACUUACUGGUUACAUUUGUUCCGGUGGAGACAUUUUUCUUUAGGUACAAGGAGUUUGUACCAGAAAUUUAUUUAGAUUAUAAUUCACAUUAA